AUGAAAUUACAUUGUAGUUCUAUAAUUAGCGUAUGCAAAACUUCUACAUUUCAGUCAAGCAACACAAAUACUUAGCCAUUUUAGUGUUUUUCUUCGUUUAUUUACAAUAAAAAGUAUUUCUUCAGGUGCAUAUUUAAUACUUGUUUACAAAACAAACAUAAAACCAAGUAAAAAGUGUUAAAUUAAACUGGCAAGACUUGUUUCACUUCAUCCCGGUAAGCGGGCUGGCGUGUUCAUAUGGAAAAUUUUUCAUCCCGCCUACCUAUGAUCUCGGCAAAUUCAAACGAGAUCUCGGCAAGCGGGCCAGCUCGCUUUCUCAUAUGAACACAAUGCAAAAUUUUAUAGGAAAAUAGAUAGGCGGCGAGAUCAUCGGUAAGCGAGACGUCCCGGUAAGCGGGAUCAUAUGAUCUUAGAAGAGGAAAUGUAGCUUGUUGAACGGAUUGCUCGAUGAGUGUAUUUACAGUCCCAAAAGUUUGUUUCCAUGUCCAUUAAUUAAACAAAACUAUAUACUGAAACUUCUCAUGCAUGCGCCGGCUAAUUUUCAACAUACCUUUUAUAGUAUAAAGAAUUACGUUACUCCAUCCAACAGUUGUUUAGUUUUAAAAUUUUAGGUUUGAGAGAAACUUUGCUUCGUAAAAGAUAAUGUUGUGCAGGUGGUACAACGCAAACAAAGCAUGUAUAGAACGUUUUCCAAACGAAGGUUUUGGUAUUUUAUUUAUUCUUAUCUAAAAACCUAGGAAUCUGAUUAUAUAAAAUAAUAGUGUGGAACCAGGGUAUACUGGAGCUUUGCAAUGUUUACGACCUCAAUAAAUUAGCGUCGCAUUGAACUUAAACGUAGCCUUAGAUUGUCCCAGAGCAAAAAUAUAGAAAUAACGUAUGUAUUAUAGAAGAAAAGGAAAUUCUUGUGAUAGAUCAUCUACUUUACGUCAAUUAGUCAAAAUAAGUAGACAUUAACCCUGCACAUGAAAAGGCAAAUUUAGUCCUUUUUGCUGUUGAUAAGUAACUUCCAUGACCAUGUUUUAUUUUUUUCUAGGCUUGAACACGCAAAACUUCAUGCAAAACACAAAGGUCACGAGACUAUGCAUUUAGAGAUGAUCCUUAUUUUACUAACGACUUUAGUUGUAGCUCAAAUAUUGCUUGUUCAAUGGAAGAAACGCCAUUUCAGGUCUUACCAGGUGUAGUGUCAAUGAUAUUUCUGGUUAUCAAAAGUUCAUUACAUGCAUGUUCAGUAUAUGUGUUUAGUGAUAUGUAAAUUAUAUCCAUCGUAUAGAAAUCUCUUCAACCAUUGUAAAAAUGCUUCAAAUUAACUAAUAGUAUAAAAUUACGGACAUGCAUGCGUUUCACAAUUAACAAAAGACAACUUGAAUUUUAUACUAAAUUUUAAUGUGGGUUAUUCCAGUCUGUGACCAAUGUAAGAAAGCUUGAAAAAAUCACAACCAUGCAGUGGAUAACACUGUCCGGUUUUCGUACAACCAAUCGCUGUACUGCAGCUGCGGUGUAUAUAAAAAAAUUAAUCCAACUUCAAAUUGGCAUGUAAUCGUGCGUUGUAGCCUACUGACUUUAUAUAGAUUUACUUAUUCCUGUUCAAUAAAGAUCCGAUCUUUAUACCUGUCAUUUGACAUCUUUCUUGCAUUAUUGCGAACAAAAAUAUACAGAUACGCUUUGCGAUUGAUAAUUCUUUGACUUUUCGAACAUUGACCUAAAUGGCGGUUGCAUAUCUCAAAGAAAGGAAACUUUCUGCAUCCCAAUUUCGCGAGUUGGACCAUUUUUAAAUUUACGAAGACUUGAUAAAUACUACUACUCAUGUAUGUUAUUUAUUAGGAUAUAUUUAUUCAAAUUCUUAAAUUUGAAUCUGAAAUGAGAAUACCUUCAAUUUUCUCAAACAGUAGUUUUGCACUCAAUGGGCCUUAUGCAGCUAAAGACUACACUGCACUGCACUGCACUGCACUUCACUGCACUUCACUGCACUGCACUGCACUGCACUGCACAGUGCUGUAUUGUGAUGUACUGAACUGUAUUGAACUGUGCUGUGUUGUACUGUAUUGUAAUGUGUUGUAUUGUAUUGUAUUGUAUUGUAUUGUAUUGUAUUGUAUUGUAUUGUAUUGUAUUGUAUUGUAUUGUAUUGUGCUGGAUAUAAUUAUUCCAUAUACAAUGGCAUAUACCCAAAUACAAACUGUAAAUCAACUUAUAAAAUGGAUAUCUCAGAUUUAAAAUGAAUCUGAGACAGCCAUAUUUUGUUGGUCGUUUUAACGAAUUGUUUUUACUAAUUAAAUUGUUUCUCGUUUUUUUAGAUGGUUACGUUAUGUGGUGUUUGGCUUAUCCCAUUAUAUUUUAACAUUCGUUUGAAGUGGUUUAGAAUGCUCAUUAUUUGGACUGUAUUUUCAUUAUUGACUGCGUAUGUUGUAUUUAAAGCAACAAGACAACCUCUAGCGCCAACUACACCAAGGUAAUUCUUUCUGUGUUUUGCUUUACUUCAAAGCCUGUAUUUCAGGUCAGCCUGUAGAAAGCUUUAUGGCUUUGACUGUUUUUGUUCAAGUCCAAUCUAUUGAAUCUCUAUUUAGUAUUAAAUCUGUAUUGGAGUUAUAAAAAAGCAGAAUUUAACGAGAGAGUUAGGUGGACAAAAUAUGUUUUCGAGUUGUCCACCUGUCCACCUGUCCAACAAUUUGCUAACUUAAACUUGCUCAUGACCCAACAAUCUGAGAUAAUUAAACCUUAUUUCAAAGAUGAUUCCACCUUGAUCCGCCGAAGGCGUAUUUGGUUAUUUUGGCGUCCCCGUGACCAUCAAUACAACGUUUCAAAUACAAGCAAUACAACGUUUCAAAUGUGUACGGACUUGCUCAGAGUCUAGAACUCCCUGCCCGGGUUGUAUUUCAGAACACUACCUUGGACCCACCAAUGAACAAUACCAUGACACUAGGGACAAGUAUUCCAUAGACUAAUAACCAUAAACACAGGUAAUCAUGUCCACUGAGAAACAAAAAACCCAAGAUAAUCAUGUCCACUAAAUAAGAAAAAUAUAUCUCAAUCCAUUUAUUCGUUUUAUAGAUUGGUAUACAAGUGGUUUUAUUUUAUUCAUAAGGGAACGACAGCGUUAAGUUUAAUUGGUUAUUUUAUAAUAAUGUUAACUUUAUUCGGAGUGUCAAUGAUGUUUACUAUUCAUCCUGAUACCGCGGCUGAGGUUGGGUUAUUAACAUUAUUCUAUGGUUUAUAUUUUGGUGUUUUGGGAAGAGACUUUGCUGAGAUUUGUGCAGAUAAAAUGGCAUCUAAACUAGGGGUAAGUUUUAAAAAUUGUGUGCUCGCAUAACUAUGUUAGCGAACUUUUUAAUUAACAAUAUAUUAUUUGUAGGGUAUACGGAUCGAAACUUUCUGCUAAAUAAAUUAACGUUACGCUUUCUCUAAAUUUGUACAUUACCAUGGUGGAAAUGGUACGGGAGGUGGAAAAAUUUGGGGGAGGUGCGGCGCUCUAACGGCCCCCUUGCAUGGAAUGUACAACUUACACAUGUGUAUCAGUGUACAGUAUUUAUGAAUUAUGACUGUACGACUCAUCCAAUUAAUCA